AUGGCCACACACUGGGGCCCAGCUCAUGACGGCCAGGCUGGAGCAGCAGAGGACACAUCCUUGGAGGAGCUGGUGUCUCACCUGAGGCAGCAUCUGUGUGACACAGCACCCAGCCGCUCUGCAGAGGGCUCCAGGUGCAAAGUCUGCCCCCGGGACUGGCUCUCCUAUAGGAACACAUGCUACUGGAUGUCUAAAGAGAGCAAGUUCUGGAGCGAGAGCAGCAACGACUGUGAAACGAGGACGUCUCAGAUGCUGGUGAUCCAGGACAGGGAGGAGAUGGUAAAGGAGCAACGCUGGGAGCUAAACUUUGUCUGGGGAGAUUUAGCUGCAUAAUACAGUGGACGUGACUCACGCAGAGGGAGGAGGGUGACUCUUGGAGGUUCCAUAUGUGGCUGAACAAGCUACUCUGCAGAGUCCCAAUAUAACCCAGCACCCUCAACAGAAAACUCCAUGGGCCUGCCCCCUGCUGGCUGAAAUCAGUACAGCU